UUUCAAAUACAAACACACUCACAAAAGUAUAAAAAAUUUAAUUUUGUUUUUGAAUAGAAGCUACAUACAUACAUAUAUACAAUGACAACAGAAAAUAGUACAAACAAUGGCCUCGAAGAUGUCCAGUAUCUGCUGCAUCUAGAAUCUCUCAAGCGCUACACAGAGCAGGCCAAAAAUAUGCACCGUCAAACCGAAGAGCAUGCGCGCCAUUUUGUCGAAGCCAAACGGGAAUAUCAGCGGGAAUACACAAGCCUGGUUAGCUUGAGCAAAAAUGUAGACCUGCGCGAGCUACUCGAAGCGAAGAGCUCUGAGAUAGCCGCUGCGCGUGUGGCAAGUCUACCCGCUCAGCUAGAAGAAGUAAGCACCGCCCUUUCCAGUGAAAAGCGACCCACCGAAUUGGAUAACCAGAUUCUGGAAGAGUGCAAGCAGCAGCUGGAAAGCCAUCAUCGACCGCGCAACAAACUCUCGAAUCAACACAAAUUCACCAAGAACCGAGAAGCGUUUAAAUCGCUGCACACCAUGAUCCAGAAUGUGGAAAAUGGAUUUCAGCUCUCUACAUUGGCGGCAAUGGAUCAAAUGAUCGCCGAUCCGCCGAAUCAAUAAUAUGCAAUCAAUUAACUAUUUGUUCAUUGCAUACAGUUAGUACCUUCAAGUAGCAUAAAUAUGUGUCUGUAUAAUAUAUACUCGUGCAUAGGUAUAAAAUACAAAAUAAAAAUAUACAUGUUAGUCCC